AUGGUGCAUCUCAAGGAACAAACGGCACCGCUCGACCUGAGUCACCACCUCUCUCAAGUGACUAAGAAUCGGACGCCAAGCUCUAUCAAGAACUACUACCGAUUCUUCAAAAUCUCCGGCAUUGGGAACCUUGCAAGUGGUCUUCCCAACGCGUCAUACUUUCCUUUCGACACGCUCGAGGCCGAGGUCGCCCACCCAUCCCGAUGGGACGCGACGGGGUCCGAGUCUGACUCGGAGGACGCGGAGUCGACGUCGCUCCUCGUAGUGCCCAAGGCGACAAAGGGUGGUGAGCCGGCCAAGCGCGUUGACCUCGCGACCGCGCUGCAGUACGGCACCGCGGGGGGUUACCCUCCGCUGCUGUCGUGGAUCCGGCGCUUCACGCUCGACGUGCUGGUCCCGCACGUGCCGUACGAGCCUGGGCCCGACGUCAUCCUUUCGUGCGGCUCGACCGACGGGCUGUUCAAGCUCGUCGACCUGCUGUACGACUCGUGGCUUCCGGAGAGGGGAGACCCCGUGAGCGAACGGCCGGGCAUCCUCACCGAGCUGUUCGUGUUCAACAACGUGCUUCCUGUCGUGGAGCCGCAUGGCAUCCAGAUCGUCCCCGUGGAGAUUGACGGCGAGGGCAUGCUGGCCACGGGGCCGGGCUCGCUGGACGACGUGCUGCGCAGCUGGGACCCGGCGAAGGGGAAGCGCCCGCACGUGCUAUAUACGGUGACCGUGGGACAUAACCCGACCGGCGGCGUCCAGUCGCUGCAGCGCAAGAGGGAGCUCUACGCCGUCUGCCGCGAGUUCGACAUCGUCAUCAUCGAAGACGACCCGUACUGGUACCUACAGUUCCCGUCCGCCGCGGCAGCGGAGGCCAAGUCGAGGCACACGGCCGAGUCGCUGGCCGUCAAGAGGGAGCCCGAGGGGCUGCUUGGGGAGGACGACGACCGUGAUGGGCCGCCACCACGACGCCGCCGGCGCAGCGGCCACGACUUCAUCGACUCGCUCGUGCCGUCGUACCUCAGCCUCGACGUCGACGGCCGCGUCAUCCGCCUCGACACAUUGUCCAAGACGAUGGCGCCGGGGUGCCGCAUGGGCUGGAUCACUGCGCAGCCCAAGUUCAUCGAGCGUCUUGAGCGCAUCACAGAAAUUUCAACCCAGCAGCCGUCGGGCUUUGCUCAGGCCAUGGUCGUCCAGCUCCUCGCCGGGCAGCAACCAGACGCGCUGAACACGUUCGCCGAGCUGCCCGCGCACAAGCGCGGUGCCUUCUCCGGGUGGAAGAUGGACGGCUGGGUGCACUGGCUGGCGAGCCUGCGCUCCGUGUACGAGCGACGGGCGGCACGCAUGUGUGCCAUCCUCGACCAGGGCACGCACCAGGUGAUCAAGAAGCCAUCAUCUUCCUCCUCCUCUCCCUCCUAUCCCACUCCCCUCCCAUCCUCCUCCUCUUCCCCAUCGACCUCGUCCACCCCGGGCAAGAGGACGCAGCUGCUGUCCUUUGACUGGCCCCGUGGCGGCAUGUUCGUCUGGCUGCGCGUGCACUUCGAGGAGCACCCCCUCUGGAUGGCCCGGGUCCCGACCCUGGGGGCGCCGCUGCUCGACGGGCCGGCCAUGGCGGCCGCGCUGCUGGCCUUUAUGGCGCGCAAGCCGCACCUCGUGCUGCCGUCGCCGGGCACCAUGUUCGGCGCCACGCCCGCCGUGGUCGAGGAGCGCGCGUGGCGGCACCUGCGCCUGUGCUUCACCGCCGAGAGCGAGGACAACAUUGACGCCUGCUCGCGCAGGCUGACCAAUGCCGUGCACAAGUUUUGGCUCAUCGACGGGGUGGACAUCAUGGAGGAGCUGGUGAGGGAGCAGAGGGCUUCGUGA